CCCACUUUUCUCCCUUCUCUCCACAGCCCCCCCCCCCUCUUAGAUUGACGGCGACAGCUGGCAAUGUGUGGCCUGAGCAGUUGAAGUUCAAACCUCAGGUAUGCCGCUGGCUCGCAGCCUGUCCGUCACGUCCCUGUCAGGGCUGGAGGAAUGGGACGAGGAGUUUGAUUUGGAGGACGCCGUUCUCUUUGAAAUAGCCUGGGAGGUGGCAAACAAAGUCGGCGGCAUCUACACCGUCAUCCAGACCAAAGCCCGCCUGACGGCAGAGGAAUGGGGGGAGAACUAUUUCCUGGUGGGCCCCUAUGUGGAGAGCAACGUGCGCACUCAGGUGGAGCUCAUCGAGCCCACCAACCCGGUGCUCAAGAGAACCAUGGACAAGAUGAACUCCAGUGGGUGUAAGGUCUACUUUGGUCGCUGGCUCAUCGAGGGCAGCCCCUACGUGAUCCUGAUCGAUGUGGGCUUCACCGCCUGGUCUCUGGACACUUGGAAGAGCGAGCUGUGGGAGCUGUGCGCCGUCGGUGUGCCGUGGUUCGACCGCGAGGCCAACGACGCCGUGCUCUUUGGCUUCCUGACAGCCUGGCUCCUGGGAGAGUACGCGGCCCAGAGUGACGGCACGCCGCACAUCGUGGCCCAUUUCCACGAGUGGCUGGCCGGCCUGGGCCUGGUGUUGUGCAGGCAGAGACAGUUGCCCAUAGCAACCAUUUUUACCACGCAUGCCACACUCCUGGGACGCUACCUUUGUGCUGGGAAUGUUGACUUCUACAACAAGCUUUCAGAGUUUAAUGUUGAUAAGGAGGCCGGCGACAGACAGAUCUACCACCGCUACUGUCUGGAGAGGGCGGCCGCUCAUUGUGCCCACGUCUUCACCACCGUGUCCCAGAUCACCGCCAUCGAGGCGGAGCACCUGCUCAAGAGGAAGCCAGACAUCGUCACCCCCAACGGGUUAAACGUGAAGAAGUUCUCAGCGGUCCACGAGUUCCAGAACCUUCACGCCCAGAGCAAGAAUCGGAUUCAGGAGUUUGUCAGGGGACACUUUUACGGGCACCUUGACUUCAACCUGGACAAGUGCUUGUUCCUCUUCAUUGCUGGAAGGUAUGAGUUCUCCAACAAAGGAGCAGACAUCUUCUUGGAGUCUCUAGCCAGACUCAACUAUCUACUGAGAGUCAAUCACAGCGACGUGACCGUCAUUACCUUCUUCAUCAUGCCGGCACGGACAAACAACUUCAAUGUGGAGACCUUAAAAGGCCAAGCUGUCAGGAAGCAACUUUGGGAUACUGCUCAGACUGUGAAGGAACGCUUUGGAAAGAAACUUUAUGAAUCACUGCUGGUUGGACAGCUGCCAGACGUGUCCAAGAUGCUGGACAAGGAAGACUUCACCAUCAUGAAGCGCGCCAUCUUCGCCACGCAGAGGCAGAGCCAGCCGCCAGUCUGCACGCACAACAUGCUGGAGGACAGCAGCGACCCCAUCCUCAACUGCGUACGCCGCAUCGGCCUUUUCAACAGCUCCUCUGACCGUGUCAAGAUUAUAUUUCAUCCGGAGUUCCUGUCCUCCACCUCUCCUCUGCUUCCCAUGGAUUACGAGGAGUUCGUAAGGGGAUGCCACCUGGGCGUUUUCCCCUCUUAUUACGAGCCUUGGGGCUACACACCAGCCGAGUGCACGGUGAUGGGGAUCCCGUCCAUCUCCACAAACCUAUCAGGCUUUGGUUGCUUCAUGGAGGAACACAUAGCAGACCCCUCAGCAUACGGCAUUUACAUCCUGGACCGGCGGUUUCGAGGCGUGGACGAGUCGUGUAACCAGCUCACUUCCUUCCUCUUCCAGUUCUGCAAGCAAAGCCGACGCCAGAGGAUCAUCCAGAGGAACCGCACGGAACGUCUGAGUGACCUCCUGGACUGGCGAUACCUCGGCAGGUAUUAUGUGUCUGCACGUCACAUGGCCCUGGCCAAAGCCUUCCCUGACGCCUACGUGUACGAACCUCAUGACCCCACCUCAACGUCAGGUUUCCGUUACCCUCGUCCGGCCUCCGUGCCGCCGUCCCCCGCCCUCUCCCGCCACUCCUCCCCCCACCACAGCGACGCCGAGGACAACGACGAAGACGAACGCUACGACGAAGACCUGGAGGCGGAGAAGGACCGAGUGAACAUUCGCCAGCCUUUCACGCUGCCGUUCAAGAACAAGGCGGCUGUCGUCUCCAGGGCCAACGGGAACGCCAACGGGAACGCCAACGGGAACGCCAACGGCCUGGCGAGGGAGAAAAACUGACGCACCUCAAGUACACACACACACACACAAACAGGCGGGUAUUAGCAUCACUCGAAGGGAAGCGCUAAUGUUAAAAAAAAAAAAAGCUUGAUGUGUAUCUGUGUCUUCCCAGCCAGUUUGUACCUCAGUUUUAAAAACCCUUUUGGUAUCCUUCUGGUAUCCUUUUGGUAUCAGCCACACCAGCACUGCAACAGGCCUGUUUGUUUCCUCGAGGGGACAGGAAGUAGCCAAUCAACCCGUGAAUAAAGUCACAACACUGGACUACCGAGGAAUAAUGACAAAUAAUAACAGCAUUAUUAUGAAUCUGUAGCUAUUUUCCAUAGAGAGCAUCCCUUUUACCGGUAGAGCGCCCUCUUGUGACCGAAUCAACAAACAGCAGCCAGUAAAAGCUCUACUGAUAUGUGUCACCUUUUAAAGUGUCCCCGUGACACGUUUUCACUCUCAAUUCCAGCACUUCCAAAUGCCUUGUUUCCGAUGAACCGAACCAGAGUGGAAGUAACAUGUCACACACACGUGCAAAACAACAAUCGCACCCAAAAGCUAAGCUAGCUAGCUUAGCUUAGCCGUGUGUGUCUUCAUGUGGUUUCCAAGCCUUAUAUUUCUGCUGUGACCUCACACUCCCGUCUAUCUGCUUGCCUUUGACGUGUAAUUAUUGGGAAGAGGAAUGAGGGAAAUAAGGAUGCCCGGAAGUAAGGAAACGCGUUUUGCCGGUUGUGUACUUCCUGUGAGAGUUUUAUCAUUUCUUACAAUAUUGCAGCAGAUGAACUUAUAAUAAAGAUUCGAUAUAAACGACCUAGCAAGGUUUUACAAAUGAUAGGUCUUGUUUGCAUGUGCUUUUUAUUCCUGAUUUUCCACUUUUUUUCCCGAGUUCAGCACAAGUAAACUCGACCGCCAUGACCUUUGCAAACUGCAAGACAAAAGAAGAAGAGAAACGGUACUGAUGGCGCCAUGUUGGAGUUAGCAUUCUGAUUGACAGCGUGGGAAACGUACCCAGCAAACUAUUCCAAAAGGAGUCGUAUGUCGCACUUCCGGUCACAGCGCCGAGUCGGGCCGGGUUCCUCCUCACUGUACGCACCGAGAAACCAUCAGGCCCCGUGGCCUCCACCUCCACGACAUGAUAGUCCCUCAACCUGGGACAAGAACCGCAACGGGAUGAGAGGAUUCCCACAUGGAAGCUCGCAAAUUCCGCAGUGAGACUCACGCCGUGUCCGACACAAUCUCUCCGCGGACACCGUUGAAGCCCAGAUUCCCGGCAGCCACCGCUGCCGCCGCCAUGGUGUUGACGUUGUUGGGAGCGAGGGGGCACAGCUCCGCUACGGAACCCCUGAGUAAAACCCGCCGACCCUCGCCUUCCGUCCACUCGCCAAGGGCGUCUCCCGUCAGCCGGAAGCAGGACGGAUGUUUGGACAUUCUUAUGAACAGAUCCUGGACACACGGACAGAUCAUCACGCUCAUUUAAACUCGGAUUUAAACUCGGAUUCACGUUCCAGUCCUCGUUUACCUUCAAGGCCCCGCCGUCGUUCAACCUCUGGAUGUCCUGACCGCCCCAUAAUGCACCACUGGGCACGUAGAGUGUUUUUCCAUACAGCCGAGCCGCCUGGCGGAGUUUCUCAUUCAGGUCAUGAUCGGCGAGGGCAGAGGGGGAGCCCACC